UCAUACUUCCGGUUAAGACAUUCAAAGUAAAAGUUUAAAGGUCGGCAGCACUACCGACACGGCCUUCGCCUUCAUGAAUGUGGAUGUUACGCUUAUGUCAGACGUAACACAGGGUCCACGUGUUGGCUGGUGGCGUGGUUUCUCAGCCUGGUGAAGAGUCGCGUUAACCGGCGGUGUGUCGUGUUUUGAAAGCCUCCAGUGCUAACGUUAGCUAGCUAGCUAGCUAGCUGAGGAGCGGCGCAUAGAAACACCGUCAUGGCGGAGUGCGAUGUGAUGUCUGAGAUCGAGGUGCUGCAGUCGAUAUAUCUGGAUGAACUGAUGGUCAACAGGAAAGAGGACGGGGACUGGGAGGUCAGCCUGGUCCUGUACCCGUCCACAGCGGAGGACUCUGUCUCCCAGUUUGUCCGACUCACCCUGACUCUGACCCUCGAUAAGCAGUACCCCUCGUCUUCUCCAGCCAUCUCCAUUCAUAACCCACGGGGGCUUUCUGAUGACAAGAUCAGCAGUGUCCAAAAGUGUCUUCAGUUGGAGGCUCAGUCCUGUCUGGGUUCACCUGUGUUGUAUCAGCUCAUUGAGAAAGCGAAAGAAAUCCUGACUGAAAGCAAUAUUCCUCAUGGAAACUGUGUCAUUUGCCUCUAUGGCUUUAAGGAGGGAGAAACGUUCUCCAAGACGAGCUGCUACCACUACUUCCACUCCCACUGCCUCGGCCGCUACGCCAGCCACUCCGAGAGGGAGCUCCGCCAGAGGGAGAAGGAGUUAGAGGAGGACAAGACCAGAGAGAGAGCAGACUGUCAGGAGCUGACUGUGGUGUGUCCGGUGUGUAGAGAGCCUCUAACCUACGAUGUAGAUCAGCUUCUCUGCUCUCCUGCCCCUCAGCUGCCUGAGCUGGACGAAGCAGCGAUUGGCUCAACUUUUACACAGCAGUGGUGUGAACUCCAGAAGCUUCUGGAGAGACAGAGGUCUAAAGGUGGGAUCAUUGACCCGGAGGUGGAGUCAAAUCGUUUUCUCAUCCACACCAACGAGACUCCACCUGCUGCUGAAAACGAAAACCUGGAUGCUGACGUCUCUCCUGGUCCGCCGGUUCCCUCCGCCUCUUAUGAAACUGGAGUCAGAGCGGACCAGUUUGUUUCUGGACAGUCCCACUGCAGAGGAGGUCAGGGCCAGAGGCGUCAGAACCAGGCGAGGGGUCCGAGGAGAGGAGGCAGGUUCAGACCACAACAUCACCGGAGAGCCGCCCCCGUCACUGAGCACCUGGACAAACUGUCUCUGUCCUCAGACUGCACUAAAGGACCAUUUAAAACCAGAGCUCAGGGUAACCAUGGCCAACAGAUGGGGGUAAAUACAGAGUUAUAUCAGUCUAAGACAGGCAGGGGUGUCAAUGCAGAGCAACCAGAGACCCUGGUGUCUCCAGAUGGUCUGUGCCAGGCAGCCUUGGAGACUGAAUGCCCAAAAGAUGCUACAGGCGCUCGUGGCCCCCGUGGGAGGAGAAGGGGUCCCUACAGACCCGACUCAGACACCCAUGGGCCCUACCACUGGGACGGGCGUGCUUCUAAAAGCAGGGGAGGGCCCAAUAACCUGUACAGAGGAGGAGGAGGAGGGGGGGGCCCCCGCCGGGAUCACGACAGGGGCUUCCAACACAAGGUGGUGGAGAGGGAGAGGAGAGGAGAGGAGGUGCUAUGACAAAGGGCAACAGGAGGGCCAAAGAACAAAUGUGUGUGUGCCUUCACAAUCGGUUUACACAGAUUAAAGCCCUGCACCGGAAACAACAGUCACUGUCGUGUAUUUUGCUCCUGUACAUCAACUUCAUCCUGCUCUCUGGUGAGCACCUUCAUGCAGACUAAUAUUAGAUACAGAUGGUUGUUGCUUUUUGUGGUGGUGCAAUAUGACUUGAAAGAACUACAAAUUAAAUUCUCUGUUUAUGUCUGUGA